AUGGCUACACCAAAGCAAGAGGCAGCGCGGAGGUUCUCGACCAGCGAGUCCUCUCACCGCAAGAGGAAGAUGAGCACCGUUUACGAAUCCGGCAGCGGUUUUGGUCCUGGGCUCACUACUCUCUACCUGGGUAUGUCUGCCGUCAAGGCCGAUGCCCACACGGUUGUCAUUGCACUUGCUAUUCAUGACGCCACCUAUCUGCUUGAUUUCUCCGUUGAGCAUAUCAAUCUUGAUGAUGCUACCGAGCACGGCCAUGACCUGAUCGCUGAGCGCAUCAUCAAGCAAGUCGAGGCUUACGAGCACGAGAACUUUGUCAAGUUCAUCGGCGCAGGCAUCAGCCCCGAGCUCGAGAAAGUCAGUGGAACUCUCUGCUCGCGUCUCUGGCUCGAACUUGAUGUCGUCCCGCUUGUUCUCAACCCGGAUAGUGAUAGCGGCCAUUUCUGGGAACAGAAGUCGGUAGACGAGCAGGCCGACUCCAUGGCUCGCAAGUGCAUCAUGUACUUUGGCCCUUCUUCAGUUCCUCUGCUGCACGUCGGUUACCGCGGUAUUGUCCAAACUGAUGGUGCUUUCAAGGCUAAGCUUCUGGAGCUGUACAACUUCCGCAGCACUUGCCAGAAGCCAACAUGGGAUGCUAUGCAUCACUAUGCUAAGGAUCUCCGUACCCGCAAGAUCAAGAUUGCCUUCUUCAGCAGUACUCCUCAGGGAGGUGGUGUGGCUCUCAUGCGCCACGCUCUUGUCCGUUUCGCCAGACUCCUUGGUCUUGAUCUCACCUGGUAUGUACCCAAGCCCAGGCCUGGUGUGUUCCGUAUCACCAAGAACAUCCACAACAUCCUCCAAGGCGUUGCCGAUCCCGACCAGCGCAUCUCCGAGGAGGAGAAGGCCACAAUUGUCGACUGGAUUGAUGAGAAUGCCAACCGCUACUGGCUCUCCGAGGGUGGCCCACUGCGACCUCCUGAGGAAGGUGGUGCUGACGUUGUCAUGAUCGACGAUCCGCAGAUGCCCGCUCUCAUCCCUCUCAUCAAGAAGCUCACCCCUGAUCGCCCUGUGCUCUACCGCUCGCACAUUCAGAUCCGAAACGACCUCACUGCCAUCGAUGGAUCCCCCCAGCGCGACGUCUGGCUCUAUCUCUGGAACAACAUCAAGUUGGCCGAUAUGUUCAUCAGCCACCCCAUCCCGUCUUUCGUUCCCCAUGAUGUGCCCAGCGAGAAGGUUGUUUACUUCCCCGCCACCACUGAUUGGCUUGACGGCUUGAACAAGCCCUUGAAUCGUUGGGACACUGGUUACUAUGGCCACAUCUACAACAUGCAGUGCCACUCUCAGAGGAUGACUGAGCUUGAAUGGCCAGCUCGCAAGUACAUUGCCCAGGUCGCCCGAUUCGACCCCGCUAAGGGUAUUCCCACCGUCAUUGACGGCUAUGCUGAGUUCCGCCGCCUCUGCGAGGAGGAGGGCAUUGAGAACCCACCCCAGCUCUGCGUGUGCGGAAAUGGCUCUGUUGAUGAUCCCGAUGGCACCAUCAUCUAUGACGAGACAAUGAAGCAGCUCGAGACCAAGUACCCCCAUCUCCUCGAAGAUGUCAGUGUCAUGCGCCUCGACCCCAACGACCAGCUCCUCAACACGAUCAUCGCCAAUGCCCACGUCAUCCUCCAGCUUUCCACCCGCGAAGGCUUCGAGGUCAAGGUCUCGGAAGCCCUUCACGCCGGCGUCCCCGUCAUCGCCACCCGUGCCGGCGGCAUCCCCCUCCAGGUCAAGGAGAACGUCAACGGCUUCCUCGUCGACCCCGGCGACUGGAAGGCCGUCGCCGGCCACCUAAAGGACCUAUGCACCGACAGCGAGCUCCACGCCAAGAUGGCCUACGAGGCCCGCACCGGCGUCAGCGACGAGGUCGGCACCGUCGGCAACGCCCUCGGCUGGUUCUACCUGGCCGCCAAGUGGGCUGGCAGCGCUAGCAAGAACCACUUUGACGGCAACGAGAGGUGGGUGAACGACCUGGCCCGCGAGGAGGCCGGCCAGCCGUACACCGAGGGCGAGAACCGCCUGCCUCGCUCCUUCACGCAGAAGAAGCCCGCCGAGUAA